ACAAAAGUGUAUAAUUAUGGAAUUGCAAAUCAUCAAAAUAAUCACAGCCAAAGCUCUUUUGUUACUCUUGAUCACUGCAACGGCAUGGUCUGUGUCCACUGCCAGUUUUGGCUUCGAUUCGGCCAACUCUUGCAGUCCGAAUGGGAAAUUGUUACGUCGUGGACGCUCCCAGAUGCUCGCAGCUAUACCUUGCGACCUAUCGAAACAAGAAUAUUGCCAUUUGCCCGGAUCCGCUUAUCCUUGGCAUGCGGUGCGUCGAUUUGUUCACGAGAAUCAAGGCUUAAUAAAACGAAUGUAUGGCGACGUCCGCCAUAUAUCAAUACUGCGCGACGAGAUCCAAAAUAAUGAGGUCGACGUGGAUGACAUACAGGAAGCAGCUGAACGCUACCUAAAGGAUAGCAAGCGUGCAGGCAAGUUGAUGAUGCGCGGACGGGAAGACUUUGGCAGCUACAAGGCCGGCAAUGAUGUAAUCAUGGAACCCCACUUUCGCCCGGUAACAACGAUAUCGACGCCGCCAACAACCACGAAGCAGAAACCCACAAUUACGACAACGCCCAGCCCUGUGACAACACCAGCAUCAGCUCUUGCUGCAGUAGAACUGGAUCGUCCCAAUGUGGAGUCAAACAGCGUUUAUGAGCAACAGCCCGCCUCAGAUUCGCCCACAUCCGGCGACAAUAUACAAAUCAUCGCUUCUCCUAAACUCGGUCUACACAAUAUCAGCAGCAAUGGAUCGGAAAAUCGACCUUCAAAUACCAGCGAUCCUACGCCCAAUGACAAGCCAACAGUAUCUACGGAAACAACUCCUUCUGUGGCAUCCACACCAGAGAAACUCAACAGGAUAUCUGAAGCACAGGCUGCUAAUAUCACAACCACAACCCCCCCUGCGCACAUACGGAUUCUCCCUACAGGCGCAAACGCCACUAAUACCGCCACCACAGUUAGCACACCUAUUACGUUCGCAACUCUGCUCUCCGGCAGCUCUACGGCUGUGCGAAAACCCGUCUCCAGCACAGCGUUGCCUGCUGGUAGUGCUAGCUCUGCAAGACCCGUGCUACGCGAGGGCCAACUCUUCCAGGAUGCAAUGAAAAAGGAGCCUGUGGUGGUCAACAGCAGUAUGCGAGGAGUCAAUGCCUGUCCCGUAAAAGACGAGGUGGUGGCACCCUUCUGGGCCAAUAAUACUCGUGGCGAGAUGCUGGCGCUUCUCAAUCUGUAUCCCUUCGAGCAGUAUGUCCAUUGGGAGAAGUGCACGCACGAGUUCAAACAGAUGUUCUGCGCCUCAGGCUGCCGCUGCGAGCAACAAUAUCGACUUCAUCGCCUGCUCGCCUAUGAUCCGCACAAUGAGUGUCGCGGCAUCUUCUCCGACUGGUUCCGCUUCCCCUCCAGCUGCAUUUGCAAGUGCUAUAAUAUUCCUCACGAAUUUCGGGUCACUUCGCGCAGCCCCCGAUCCGAGAGUAGCGUCGAGAAGCAACCUAUCACAUCUCAUCCAUCGCCCCAUCCCAUAGAUGUCGCCGAGGCAGAGGUCCAACGCGCCAUUUACGAACACGCCACCGAGCAAUGGUAUCGACCCCGAGACGAUGUAGAACCUUUUGAGGGUUAGCUUCAAAAUGUUUGUUCUUAGAGAUCGUACAUUGUUUGUGGGCCAAAACAUCCGGACUUGUAAGCUAGCAAAUAGAUAUUUACGAAUGCAAACGAACACAAGAGCGGCAACAAUAGUUCUCGAAACAAUCUUACUAACUGAAGAAAAACAUUGGAAGCAGAAAGAAACCAACUUUCUAAUAUCAAAGUUUUUAAAAAAUAUUGAAAUCGAUGAGUAGCAUUCAAUUAUUUUUUACAAUUCCUAUAUUUAACAUCCAAGACAAGGGGAUCGAUUUCACAAUGUUAACAAAGCCGUCUUUUUGUUUCAGUCACUUUGAAAACUUGUGCUUAGAUUUUGCAACGAGGCUUUAUACUAUAUUGUUUUACCAAGACAGGUCAAAUAUACCAUUCCUGGUAAUACCUAAGAGAUGUGAACAAAAUUACCUUGAAUGUCAUUAGUUGUGGAAUCCAAUUUAGUUCAUGCAGAACUUGGGAUGGCUAAGCAUUAACACAAUUUCAACUUCGAGCAACAUUUCUGUUAAAUAAUAGCAUUUAUAGUAAAUGAAAAGUUAGGGUUAAAUAUUUCGUCCUGCGAUAAAUAUAUAAGUUUAAGACGUUUCUCAAAGUGAGAUGCAUCAUGUCCUUUAAAUCCAUAAGGUUCGUGUACUUAACUGCGUCAUUAUGUUAUUGUAAAUAUAGAGCGCAACAUAAUGUUUUCUCGAAUCAACUUGACAGAGCACAUGUACCUUGAAAUACUUGUAAGGCAAUGGAACUGGACAGCCAGGUAAACUACGUUUAUGAGUAUACAUACACUAUAAGAUAUAACAUAGAGGCCAUAACAUUGUAAAUAAAAAAACCAAAUUUUGUUUUCGAAAAACCCGAUUUAUUGCAAAAAUA